AUUUUUUUCGUUGAGAAAGGAGACUGUGAAUUCGUGUAUCAUCUGAAAUGCAGAGGCUCAGCGUUGCAGCGGUCACCAAAGCACGACAUGCCGUGCGCCCGUCGUACGCCAGUGCCGCUCGGGCCUACCACGACAAGGUAAUUGACCACUACGAGAAUCCAAGAAAUGUCGGAAGUAUGGACAAGAACGACAAGAACGUGGGCACAGGUCUCGUCGGAGCCCCUGCAUGCGGUGACGUAAUGAAACUUCAAAUCCGAGUGAAUAACGACGGGGAAAUUGUGGAGACUGCUUUCAAAACGUUUGGCUGCGGAUCUGCCAUUGCGUCGUCGUCGUUAGCAACCGAAUGGGUGAAGGGCAUGAACGUAGAUGACGCUAGGAAGAUCAAGAACAGUGAUAUCGCAAAGGAAUUGAGUCUACCUCCUGUUAAAUUGCACUGCUCCAUGCUCGCUGAAGAUGCCAUCAAGGCAGCUAUCGCAAAUCUGAAGGAGAAGCGGACGGAAGCUGGUGCUCAGAACUAGAUGUGGGACGGUGUGGUCUGAUUUCCGUUGUGUAAUAGAGUUGGGAUAAUGCAGUGUAUUGUUGCAUUGUUGUUUGCGCUUGCGGGUAUGGGAUAGCUGAGUGAGAAGUUCCUGCUACUACUCUUAUCGUAGCGUUGUGUAUAAAAGUUUGGUAGUGCAUAGGCGUAUGCACAACCAGUAAUUCCGGCGGGCACUACGCUUCCGCUUAAAUACAUAGUAAGUAUCACGGGACGGAAAA